GAAACGUAUUAAUGUCUGAACAACUCUGAAGACAAAGAAACUCAACACGAUGAUGAUCGGAGAAGUAAACACACCAAAUCCCACUGUCCAUGUCCCUCCUUGGACCCUCUUCGAUGAUUCUGCAGCCGGGAUGCAAUUUCCCCUCCCUGUAAGCGGUGUCUCUAUGAACGCUAGCGGCAAUGCCAACGGGACCGUAGGUGGAGGGGGUGAUUACUGCCCUUUCAUUUUGGGCGACUCUCUGGCCUCUCUUCAACGUUAUCUCCCAUCGAAUGACGUCGAUGCUGACUCCGACAUACCGGGCCGUGAGUCCGAUAUGCCGAUUAACGCGCACACUUGUGACGAGUUCCGAAUGUACGAGUUCAAGGUCCGCCGCUGUGCACGUGGCCGUUCUCACGACUGGACAGAGUGCCCAUAUGCUCAUCCCGGCGAGAAAGCUCGCCGUCGUGACCCGCGUAAGUUCCACUACUCCGGCACUGCGUGCCCUGACUUCCGCAAGGGCAACUGCAAAAGGGGUGAUUCGUGCGAGUUUGCUCAUGGCGUAUUCGAAUGUUGGCUCCAUCCGGCGCGUUAUCGCACGCAGCCCUGUAAAGAUGGGACGAGUUGCCGCCGUCGGGUGUGCUUCUUUGCGCACACGCCCGAGCAGCUUAGAGUGUUGCCCCAGCAAAGUCCUAGAGCACCGGUUUCGCCCGAUUCAUACGAUGGAUCACCGCUUCGUCAGGCUCUGGAUUGUUACUUCCCCAAGGGUUCCCUGAUAUCUUCCCCAACUUCUACACUGAUUUCUCCUCCCGUGUCACCACCAUCGGAGUCUCCACCCAUGUCGCCCAACAGCCCGUCAUUCAGUCGGCUUUUGGGUUCCAACCCCAUCAAUGAUGUGCUGACGUCCAUGCGCCAGUUACAGCUCAGUAAAGUGAAGUCGGCACCCUCCUCCUGGGGUGUUCAGGUUGGUUCUGGAUUUGGUUCGCCUCGGGGUUCUUCUCUGCGACCGGGGUUCUUUAGUUUGCCUUCAACUCCCACUCGUACCCCGACUCGUUGUGGACUCGGGUACUUCGAUGCAUGGGAGAGAGGUACAACCGUUGAGGAGGAGCCAGCCAUGGAGAGGGUGGAGUCGGGGCGAGAUCUGCGGGCGAAGAUAUACGAGAAACUUAGCAAGGAGAAUUCGCUGGACCGAGUGGAAUCGCCGUCACCGGCCCCCGAUGUUGGGUGGGUGUCGGAGCUUGUGAAGUGAAUGCGGUUUUGAGCUCGGCGGUCCAUCUUACUUCUUUUGGUCAAUGAUUAAUAUUUUGCUUCAAUCCAUUUGGGUUCAUUCGGUUGCCCUAAUUUUUUAGAUUGUGAAUAUCGAGAAGAAUGUGGAGAAGAUGAACGAUGAAGUGAAGCAGCUGCUGCAGCAGUAACUGAAGAUUCCUGUAAAUAUUUCAGAGGAAGCUCUGUCCUGGGUAUUCUGAGAAUGGUCAGAAAGAACUUUGAAGAAAAAAAAAUCUCCAAGUUGUAUAGAGAAGUAUUUGUUAGGGCUGCCGGAGACGGGUAGCGUUUGAUUAUGAAUCAUCUCUUUUUUGCUAUUUUUAAUCCUUACUUGCGAUUUCUUUUGGUUAUUCCUCAAUCCUGAUUCAGAUAUCUGUAAUCUGAAACUGUUAUGUUCUUAUGUUAAAGCCAUUAAUGUAAUAUAAUAUUUUUUGCCACUCGA